UGUGGGUUCGGUAGGGCUUCCUCCCAUCCACACUAAUCCAAAAUUUCGGCUGGCUUGAAAUUUCGCGACAGCAACCUCGAAAUUUUCUGAACGCAACAUAUUCGCCGUGAGAUUCGCGUUUAAUCAGUCAAAAUGGCCAAGCUCUCACGUGGUGCCCCCGGUGGCAAGCUCAAGAUGACCCUGGGUCUCCCAGUUGGUGCGAUCAUGAACUGCGCAGACAACUCCGGCGCACGAAACCUCUACAUCAUCUCAGUGAAGGGUAUUGGCGCGCGGUUGAACAGGCUCCCGGCCGGCGGUGUCGGCGACAUGGUCAUGGCGACCGUCAAGAAGGGCAAGCCCGAGCUCCGGAAGAAGGUUCACCCCGCCGUCAUUGUCCGCCAGUCCAAGCCGUGGAAGCGAUUCGACGGUGUCUUCCUCUACUUCGAGGACAACGCUGGUGUGAUCGUCAACCCCAAGGGUGAGAUGAAGGGCUCUGCCAUCACCGGACCUGUCGGCAAGGAGGCCGCUGAGUUGUGGCCUCGUAUUGCCAGCAACUCGGGCGUCGUGAUGUAAGAAGCUUUCUUGGCGGAGUUGACGGUGACGGAUAUGCUUGGGACCGGAGUCCCUCGCCAACGGGAUUCCGGUUUUCUGGGUCUAGAGGAAGAUACGAACGAAUGGCCACAAAGGGCUUGGCUGGAUUGGCAGGCUUUGCAUUUCGGUUGCGGCGUGACAUGGGAUUCAUACCAAAUGCAUGAUAUAAAGGUCAAUUGAGA